AUGUGCCAAUGUAAGCGUAUAAUCUUUUCUAAAAAUCCGUUUACAGAUAAAUGCUGCCACGAAGCAUUUUUUCAAGCACCUGUUGAAGUGAAAAAUUUUAUAUUAGAAGAUCAUGGAGAUAUUGUAAGAACAAAUGAUCCAAUAUUGAUAAGUAUUGCUGCUUAUCUUAUUGAAAAUAUUAAUAAAGCUAAAACUCUUUGUGCUUUACAUAGUUCAAAUGAUGAAUAUGAAAGUUACCAAAAGGUGUGCAACAAAUUAUGCGACUAUUUGAAUAAAUGGUUAAAUGAAAAAUGUGCUAUAUAUACAUUUAGCGGAAACUGUCAUAACAAUAAGGAAAAAUGGAAUAAAUAUAUUGAAAAAUUGUGGAUUUUGUUAAAAAAAGUAGAUCAUUCAAAAAAUUGGUGUGAGAGAAAAACAAGAGUAUAUUCAUUAGAAUUUCCUAAUAAUUUAAUACCCGAUAUUUGCAAUAAUAACAAUAUUAGUUUAUCCCUUUCUAAUUUUGAUGAUAAAGCAAAAAUUCAGCAGAUUGUACAUAGUUCCUUAUCUAGUAAAACAUAUUAUAUAUCUAGUUCUUCCGCUAUCGGAUAUACAAUAUUUGGGAUUAUUAUAAUAAUUAUUAUUUUAUAUAACGUAAUACAAAUUAUACAAUUAUUCCCUUUUAGUCCCGAGAAUUCUAGGAUAAGAAAAAUAAUGAGAGAGGGUAAAAGUGCGUUAAGAAACAUUUAUAAUAAAUUGACACAAGAAAUAUAUAAACCUUACAUAAAUUAUGAUAAAUUGUCGGAAACUACAGGUUUCAAUGUAUUAUAUAAUAAUUUUAAGAGUAGAAAUAUUUAA